AGUCUUUUAAAUAUGUCGCGUAACAUAUUUGUUCUAGUUAUGUGCAGUCUGGUAAUGUUUUUCGUGUUGUAUAGCUGAUCAGUUAGCACAGUAUUCGUUGCUUGUUAGCAUGUUAGCUUGCCACGCUAGUAGUGGUUAUGCAACACAAUAGCUUUCCAGCGUAGUAAACGGUUCAGAAGCUAACCGGUUCGAUUAUUCCGGCAGUGUCGGCCAAGAUCAGAGGCUUCUUAUAACCAGACACAAUGGCUGAGAAUGAUGUUGAGAGUGAGCUGCUGGAUUAUGAGGAGGAUGAAGAGCCUCAAGGAGCCCCUGAGAGUGCAACCCCUGCAGGCAAGAAGGAGGUGAAGGGUUCCUACGUUUCCAUCCACAGCUCUGGCUUCAGAGAUUUUCUGCUCAAACCAGAGCUGCUUCGUGCCAUCAUUGACUGUGGUUUUGAGCAUCCUUCUGAAGUCCAGCAUGAGUGCAUCCCACAAGCUAUCCUGGGCAUGGACAUCCUGUGCCAAGCCAAAUCUGGUAUGGGCAAGACGGCUGUGUUUGUGCUGGCCACACUGCAACAGAUUGAACCUGUUGAUGGACAGGUGUCUGUAUUAGUCAUGUGCCACACACGAGAGCUGGCCUUCCAGAUCAGCAAAGAGUAUGAGCGUUUCUCCAAAUACAUGCCCACGGUCAAGGCAGCAGUGUUCUUUGGUGGCCUGGCCAUCAAGAAGGACGAGGAAGUCUUGAAAAAGAACUGUCCUCACAUUGUUGUGGGAACGCCGGGCCGCAUCCUCGCUCUAACGCGGAACAAGACCCUCAGUUUGAAGAACGUCAAGCAUUUUGUCCUUGAUGAGUGCGACAAAAUGUUGGAGCAGCUCGACAUGAGGAGUGAUGUACAGGAAAUCUUCAGGAUCACACCCCAUGAGAAGCAGGUCAUGAUGUUCAGUGCAACACUGAGUAAGGACAUACGACCAGUCUGUCGCAAGUUCAUGCAAGAUCCCAUGGAAGUGUUUGUGGAUGACGAGACCAAACUUACACUCCAUGGCCUGCAACAGUACUACUCCAAGCUGAAGGACAGUGAGAAGAAUCGCAAGCUCUUUGACCUGCUUGAUGUGUUGGAGUUCAACCAGGUGGUGAUCUUCGUCAAGUCAAUCCAGCGCUGCAUCGCUCUGUCUCAGCUGCUGGUGGAACAAAAUUUCCCUGCCAUUUCCAUCCAUAGGGGAAUGGCUCAGGAGGAGAGGCUAUCUCGUUAUCAGCAAUUCAAGGACUUCCAAAGACGGAUCCUGGUGGCCACUAAUCUCUUUGGCCGAGGGAUGGACAUCGAGCGAGUCAACAUCGUGUUCAACUAUGACAUGCCAGAAGACUCUGACACCUAUUUACACAGGGUUGCCCGUGCUGGUAGGUUUGGUACCAAAGGCCUGGCUAUAACCUUUGUGUCUGACGAGGCAGAUGCCAAAACUCUGAACGAUGUUCAGGACCGCUUUGAGGUCAACGUGGCCGAGCUGCCUGAUGAGAUUGACAUCUCCUCUUACAUCGAGCAGUCCAGAUGAGUCCUCCAGCCAAGCAGAAGUCUCCUCUUCACGGAUCUUGUGUCUUGUAUUUGGAAGUAGAUGUACUUCUCUGUUGAUUGGAAGGCUCUGCUUUUUUUCCCCACUAUGUUCACCAAACAUUUAUUUUGUCAGUUUGUGAGGAUGGGGUGUGUGGUCAUUUUUAAUUUGUCUUUUACUGUUUUUUUUUCUUAAUGAAAUUAAACUUUUUAUAAAAUGUCAUUUUUACUGUUGUGGUCUCUUGUAAGGCUAUUCUUGUCCUUUCCUUAUUUUUAUUAACUUUAGUCUCAAGCAGAACUUCAGGGAAACAUAGAAUUGUAGUUCUGAGGAACAUGUAAAAGUGAUUUAUGGCCCAUUUUGUAAAUGUUCAAACUGGUUUGUAUAGAAACUUUUGUGUGUUCCCCCACCCCCCCUGCAAAAGUUGAUCAUUACAGAGAAAUCCUGUAAUCAUGUAGUGACUGUAAUACAAUUUUGGCUUAUGUGGCAGCUUUUUUGGACUUUACAAGUGAAUGCCUACAAUAAAUGAAGUCACCAAGUGGA